AUGCGCCCUGGAGGCUUCUUGGUGCUAAUGCUGAUCCUCAGUGUUGGUAACCAGAGGCAAGCAGCACUGGGGUUUCUCCGGGUUCUUCCCCUUUUCCGACACUCGUUCCGGUUUAGUGGUCUACAGCGAGGGAAAGAAAGAGAUGAUGACCUUGAAGAUGAUGAUGAUGACAGGGAAAUGGCCAUUCCAUUGUGCACCAGGUUCACUGGAACCACUCCAACCACUGCCAUCACCACUCAGAAGUCUGCCAUAAAAGCAGAGGCCCAACAGCAGAAUGUGGAACUUGCUGAUGCACCCUUGGAUGCCAACUUGCACAAACAGUUGGCAGACUAUGAAGAUGAAAUCAUGGCUGUGAUGGCAGCACUCAGGGGUGGCAAAAUGGUACCUGGUGGAAUGCAGAAUACAAGGAGAAUGAAACCUGGAGGAGAAAGGUUCAGAGUGAGAAGACCACAUGCAGGUCGGAAAUGGGGCACAGAAGCAGUGGUGAACCCCAGACUGGGCCUGGCAAGAAGGCCAGGCAGGAUGAAACCCGCAGGAAUAAGGCGCAGACACGGGCGAUUCAAUGGCCCCGCACCAGGUGUCGCCAGGAGCGAAGAUGACCUGCCAUCUGCCGGCUUUGGCCCCAGGGCUGGAGUUGGCAGACUCAUGAUGCAACACAGAAGAGGCUUUCCUAGAGCUUUCCCAGCCCAUGGGCCAGGUGUUAUCGGUGGCAGACCUGGCCCUGCUGGCCCACUGCAAAUGCCCGUCAUCAUGGAUGACCCUGUAGUGUGGUAUGCGUGUCGCGUUAUUGACAAUGAAACUAUAUUCACGAAUGAGGAGAACACCCGGUUUCCAGAUGGAUCCGAGUUCAUUUUGGAUCUACAUCGCAAUCUACUGUGCUUUGGCACUAUGUGCUGGUUGUCGGUGGAUCCGGAUCAACAGAGAAACAACUUCGACGAUCGAAGAAGCGUCUUCUUCAGUUCGGAAUCAUCAUCUCGUUCUCUAGUGUCGCUCGUGUUGGCAAAUGCAGCCGCUGUUGAAGAAACAACGAUACUUUCCUGGACGGCAUCACACAUGAAAUCGUCGCCGUGGAUUCUUUUGUACGAAUUACGUUUUGCCGAUUGUGUCCUCAAUGUCAGGAGAAAUGCGUUAAAUCUGGCAUUCGUUCAAGUGGAUGGAAUAUCCAGUGACGUGCUCAACGACUUCAAUGCAUCCAGAGUUGGCCAUCUUUUUAUUGUGCAGAAAAACGACGGCAGUGGAGAAGUGCCUCCGAUUGACCUGCGAAUUUCGCUUGCGCAUCAAGAUGUCGGAUUUAGCGGUGGGAUCCCAAGCAGCGCCCUGGAUCUGUUAGCCUACACUUGUCCCUACUGGUUCCGGAGCAGGUCGUUUGGAAUCAGCGCAGCAGCUCUACCACUUUGACCGAACGAGGGUAGACAUGAAACCCUACCACGCCGAAGGACACCGAGGGUAGAAAUGAAACGCUAACGAGGGUACACACGAAACCCUACCACGCCGAAGGAGACUCCCCCCAAACGAGGGUAGAAAUGAAACCCUAACGAGGGUAGACAUGAAACCCUUCCCCGACUCCUCCCAUUCAUUGGCGGCAGCAUGGCGAGAUACCCCCUCUCGCCAAUGACUCUGUCCGUGAAUGGGCGGUUCACCUACCCAAAAAAGGACCCCUAUUCAUUGGCGGCAGCAUGGCGA